AUGAAAGCACGUCUACUAUUUCUGGCCUUCAAUGCCUUGGCCAUGGCAACUCCAAUGGCGAAACCACCGCUUGGAACUCUGAAAGGGGUCCAGCCGAUUCAAUCUGGAAAAAUCUCCAUCGCCUUGCAACCAGAAUGCCGUGAACUCCUGGAACAGACGCUCCAUUACCUCUCCGACCCUUCAAGCCGGCGAUACGGGCAAUAUCUUGGUCGCGAAGAAGCCAAAGCCCUGCUCCGUCCUCGGCAAGACUCCACUGAUGCCGUGAAAGGAUGGCUGUCUCAGGCUGGUAUCCCUGCCAUUGAUAUUCAGAGUGAUGGCCAAUUCAUCAAUGUCCAGGUCAUGGCUGAGCAGGCCCGAGCUCUGCUGGGCACCGGUUACAACUCAACUCUCGGCAUACAAACAAUACCGAUCUCCUCUCUGCCUAAAGAUAUUGAGAGCCAUGUAAUGACCAUUCAUUAUGCUCCGACUAGGACAGAGAUGGUUACUGAUUGGGAAGAAUGCAAGUCAAGAAUCACCCCUAACUGCUUGAAAAAGUUGUACCAUGUCGAUGGUUAUCGGGCGCGACAUGUGAACAAGAAUCGUUUUGGUAUCGUCGGUUUCACUGGGCAAGCAGCUCAGUACGAUCAACUCAGCGCAUUCCUCGACGAUUUUGCACCCUAUGCUGCCAAUGCCAACUUCUCAGUCGAAUCAGUAAAUGGAGGAGAGAACCCCCAGGGAAGAAAUGAACCAACAGGCGAGGCCAAUGUGGAUAUACAGUAUGCUGUUUCGAUGGCAUACGAUGUCCCUGUGCGCUUCUACGCAACUGGUGGUGCAAACCACGAUAUCAUUCCAGACUUGGACUUGUCCGAUACAGAUAAUCAGGCGCUUGAGCCCUACCUCGAGUUCGCCAGCCAUCUCCUGAGUCUCGACGACGACGAGCUCCCCAAGGUGGUAUCCAUCUCAUACGGGGCCAACGAACAGCUGUUUCCCAGAUCAUACGCCCAGCAAGUCUGCGACAUGUUUGGACAGCUCGGUACCCGCGGUGUCUCCAUUGUUGUAGCUUCCGGUAAUCUCGGUCCCGGCGUGUCAUGCCAAUCAAAUGACGGCACGAAAAGACCAAAGUUUAUGCCCUCGUUUCCCGCAACGUGCCCUUAUGUGACAAGUGUAGGGGCUACUUACGGAAUUAACCCCGAAAUAGCAGUCAACUUCUCGUCGGGUGGCUUCUCCGAUUAUUUUAUCCGUCCGCAAUGGCAGGAUGAAGCUAUUGAGGGCUAUCUCAAGCUACAUGGAAGAGAGUGGAAGGGCUACUACAAUCCUCAUGGUAGAGGAUUUCCUGAUGUAGCGGCCCAGGGAGUAAAUUAUCGGUUCUGGAGCCAUGGAAAUGAGGACUCGGCAUCCGGUACAAGUGUCUCUUCGCCUGUCUUUGCAGCUCUCAUUGCUCUGCUCAACGAUAAUCGGACCAAGAACGGAUUACCAUCCAUGGGAUUCCUGAACCCGUGGAUCUACAGCAUUGGUAGUCAUGCAUUCACAGAUAUUACCGAGUCCAAGUCAUUGGGAUGCUCUGGCCGCAGCGUUAUAGGUCUUGAAUCGCCCGUGAUUCCCAACGCAGGCUGGGACGCCGUGCCAGGAUGGGAUCCGGUGACAGGAUGGGGUACGCCGUUGUUUGAUCGACUAAUGAAUUUGUCUUAUUAG